UCUUGCUAACGGAGUACCAGGUUUAUUCAUACAGACUCCUCUUCAACUGAGCAUCUCAGCAGCCACAGAAUUUCUUGGAUGUCCUCCACCCACUGUGCUUGAAUCUCACAGAUAUAUUAAGGUUUCGUCUCACAGCAGCUAAAAUGCCAAGUGCAAAGCUGACUGCAUUUUCCCCAGUUGAAUUCACUGUGUCAACACUGGCUAAAAUGGGUCGCAAAGAGGAGGAAGAGGGCUGCAUUUGGAAAAAGCAGACAAACAAUAUUCGGGAUACCUUUGUGUUUAUGGAAGUUCUUGGAUCGGGUGCAUUUUCAGAAGUGUUCCUGGUUAAACACAGGUCCACUGGACAACACUUUGCUCUGAAGUGCAUUAAGAAGGUGAAUAGCUCAAGAGACAGGAGUCUGGAGAAUGAAAUAGCGGUGCUGAAGAAGAUCAAGCAUGACAAUAUCGUGAUACUUGAGGAUAUUUAUGAGAGUUCUUCCCACUUUUAUCUCGUGAUGCAGCUGGUGUCCGGAGGAGAACUUUUUGAUCGUAUCUUAGAGCGUGGGGUGUAUACGGAAAAAGACGCCAGCAAUGUGAUCCGUCAAGUCCUAUCUGCAGUCAAGUAUCUGCACGAUAAUGGAAUUGUUCACAGGGACUUGAAGCCAGAAAACUUACUUUACCUAACUCCAGAUGAAAACGCCAAGAUUAUGAUAACAGACUUUGGCCUGUCCAAAAUGGAAGAAAGUGGAAUUAUGUCUACUGCAUGUGGCACUCCAGGUUAUGUAGCUCCUGAAGUUCUUGCCCAGAAGCCAUACAGCAAAGCUGUGGAUUGCUGGUCUAUUGGUGUCAUUACCUAUAUUUUGCUGUGUGGUUACCCUCCUUUUUACGAGGAAACUGAAUCAAAGCUCUUUGAGAAAAUAAGAGACGGAACAUAUGAGUUUGAGUCUCCAUUUUGGGAUGACAUUUCCAAAUCAGCAAAAGAUUUCAUAAGCUGCCUUCUCGAGAAAGAUCCUCAGAAAAGAUACAACUGUGAAAAUGCCCUCAAUCACCCAUGGAUUGCAGGUAACACUGCUCUCCAUCGGGACAUCUACUGCUCAGUGAGCAUCCAAAUCAAGAAGAACUUUGCAAAAAGCAAGUGGAAACAAGCAUUUAAUGCAGCGACAGUAGUUUAUCAUAUGAAAAAGCUGCACAUGAACACCAACCAAAACAGUGGAAAUUCCACCACAGAAGUAAAGAAUGGACUCCCAACAAUCAAAGUUUCUACAGCUAAAAGUUUAAGUAGUUCUAAUGAUAAUAUAGAGGAAAUGAAUAGAGAUGAAAAAGAGAUGUUGCACCUGACUAUCCCCCAUAAAACAUCUCCUGGUAGCAUGGUAACAGUGAUGCCUUGCAGUAUUGCUAAUGGAGAACUGAAAUCUGAAACAAAUCCACUAACUACAAUGGAAUCUAAAGUCAUCAAGCCAACUGAUGCACAUCUUUUGAGCUCUGCUGAUUCUGGCUCUGAGAGAGCCAGCUUAACUCACAAAAUGUCCUCUCAGCCAAGACAACUUGAGUUACCACCAUCUGUCCAAAAAUCAAGCCAUGCAGUCCAAAUUCCCACUUCAAGUUCUAGGAGAUCACCACCUAAGGGUAUCACCCAAAACAGUGCUACCCAAACCAGCCCGGUGCACCACAUGGUUAUGGAGCAAAAUCAAGCUUGCCCUGUGAAGGAUGGGCAUUCACAAACAAAAUCUACUUCUAAAACACAGAAAAAUCUUACUUCCAAGACCACCAGUGGAACUAAGACUGUCCAAGUAGAAACACAAGCAAAAGCGCAUCGGCAUCACAGCCCGAAACACAUUUCUCAAUCUCUCGAUCUCCCAUCACCCCUGGAACUAAACAAUCAAGUCAAGAGAAAUUCAUUACAGAAAACACCUUCUACAAACACUAAUCCAAAAAAGUCAUCAGUUCCAAUUGAUCAUAUUACAACUAAUAGUUCACAGAAACCUCCUCCACAAAUAACACCUAAUUCCCCAAAGAUAGCAGAACAAGAAGCCAGUUCUUUAAAGACCUCUUCCAAGAAGGUCAAUGUACAAACCUCCGUGCAAGAAAAAUCAUCCAAAAAGACCAGCCCCACAAAUAAGUCUACCCUAGAUUAUGAUAUUUUGUGUAUGGAGAUCCCUCAGUGCAGACCCAUGGACUUAUCUUAUGGAACUGUUAAGAAUGACAGGAUUCCAGUUGCCACUAGCCUAUAUGUCGCAAAUGGAAUCUCGGAGGAGACCUAUGAAAAGGGAAAACCAAUAUCCUGCUCUGAAACUGGGCCACCAAGAAAAUCUCACAAAAGGCAGCACUUCAUGAAUGCCGCUGCUCCAACGAAAGGGACAAACUACACACAUUGUGGUAGUGGACAGACAGGAGUUUGCUCAAUCAUGUGAUCACAAGGAAUGUGAUUUGAGUAACUACAUUUCAUAAAGGGCUGCACUUUUUCUUGUGCAUUUAAGCCAAAACAUUGAUCACGCUUCAGUGGAGAAGCAGAGGAAACUUUCAUUCACUUCCUUUAUGGGAACAAUGUUUGAAUAACGUGGAGGCUUUCCGAAGGACAAGGCAGUGGUUUUGCAAACCUGGAACGUACUUGCUUAUAACAGGUGUAUCUAUCCUGCACAGCUCCAUUGCUUGCUAGAACAUCCUAAAUCAGCACUUAGUAGACAUCACCAGGAGGACUCAACUAAGUUGUCAAUCAAAAUGUAUCUUUGUACAAAUAUAUUUACAAUUGUAAAUGUACGGGUUAUGUUACCAUGUGUUUUAAGUCAUAGCAUUGUGUUACUUGUUUUAAAAUUUAGUAUUUUCAGUACAUGGAAUAUUUCUGAAUAUUUCCAGAAGAAGAUAAAUCCUUUGGUGUAAACCAAGAUCUACUGUUAACGAGGCCACCUCGGAAGCUGGCAACCAGGUUGUUAUUUAACUGAAGAAUUAAAAUAAUGCUGGACUUUUCAGAAGAUUAAGUAUUGAGCAGCUUAUGGAAAUGAAGAGUUAGCCAAAUGUCAAACUUGUCAAACUGAUACGAACAUGCAGACAUAUAUUUAGUUGUUAUGAUAGGGCUUAAUUUAUAUUGUAAAUUAUCACAUGAAAAGUUUUAAAAUAUGUGUGCAUUUUCUGGUUAUAAUACAAGAAUGAUAUAGCAAAUUAAGAGUUCCAGUAGACUCAUCAAUAGCCAACUGUAUCAGACAUGUUGUCAGAAAACUUUUUUUUUUCUGCAAAUUGGGUGUUAAUAGCUUUGUAAUGUAGGCAUUUAUACACUUCUAUUAGCUUUUUUUUUGUCACGACAAGUAAAGAAGUAAUGCCAUAAAAUUAUCAUUUAUAACAUCUCAAUUCUUUAUUUGCAAUAUGUGGGGUGCCAUCACCUAUAUACACAUUCUCUAGAUGUCCGGAAUAUUUGAAUUGUAGUGUAUAAAUGCCACUAUUGAUUUUUGCAAACAAGUGUAGGAUAUUAGAAAAUACUAAUGCUUUAUUUUCAGUCAUCGAAACUGAGUGAAAUCUUUGCUGUGUGUGUAUGUAAAUAUGUUUCC